ACUGGAGACACCCAACGUUAAGGCACCGGAGGCUCUCUGGGUUUGAAAAGAGUCACAAGUUUCCCUGUCAGCUUGGACAGGUAGCAAUGGCAGGGGCACAGGGGCCUUUCUUGGUUGCCGUGCUGCUCCUGGUCUCCCCUGGGAUCCACUGCUCCUCUCCCCCACCGGCCUGUCCGGAGUCGUGCACCUGUCAGAGAGCUCCCCUGUUGAACUGUUCGUCCUCUGGCCUCUCCCUCGUGCCGCAGCACAUCCACGACUCCGUCACCGAGCUGGACUUGUCUCACAAUCUCCUUGGUUCUGUUACACUCCCCCGGCCACAUCGGAACCUCAGGAAUAUAUGGCUGGGAAACAACUCUGUCACACACCUGUCUCUCUGCAUUGACAUAGACCUGGGAGAACGGUCCGUCGGCGGCAGACAUCCACGUCGCCUGGGACCACGGAGCAGACGCAGAUGUGUAUCUUGGGCCCCCACCCUGCAGCUGCUAUCUGUUGAGAGAAAUCAGCUGGUGCAACUCCCAGAGGGGCUGGAAGGAAGUGCAUCCUUAUGGGUUCUGCAGCUCUCCUUCAACAGGAUCUCAACUCUAAGUCCAGGAGAUCUGAGCCACCUGCGACAGCUUAAAGAGCUGCACCUACAACAUAACCUCAUCACAAGUCUCCAUCCACAGAUGUUCCAGGAAUUAGACCAGCUCAGGGUGCUAGAUCUGAGCUUCAACAUGUUGACCAGCCUCCAUCCUCUGACAUACCUCUCCCUGCGUAACAUUGGGUCGAAUGUUAGGCUGGCUGGGAACAGGUGGCAGUGUGACUGCAGCGUGCGCAGUCUAGCAAGGCGUAUGACCUAUGACAGCAGCAUCGGCCUGCAGGCCUGGGGCAUGGUGUGUGCAUUCCCAACUACGCUCUCAGGCAAAGACCUGCUUCAGUUGGAGGAGGAUGACCUAAACUGUUUUGGCACGGAAAACAGUCCAGAGCUCCAUCGAGAUGUGACCGUUUAUAGCGGCUCUGGGAUACUUCUGUCUUGCUCUAAACAAGACUCCUUGUGGUGGACGCCCAGUGGUCAAGCAUCUGUGAGCGAACCUCAGGCUUCUCUGUUCAUCAGUGAUGUCACGGAGAGGGACACAGGACUAUAUGUGUGCAUGUCUGAAGAACAUGAAGUAGUUUCUGUUUUUAACCUCCAAAUCAGUAGAAUAGGACGUGCAAGAAGAAAAACUAGAAGUUUGCCCAGAACCAGUCGACAAGUAAUCCCACAGGACACCCCAAAUAGGAUAGGUCAAGGAAGGAAUCAGAGAGUGACAAAGUCUGACUUGGCUCUGGCUGUGUGUCUGUCAGUUUUAUUCACGUUUCUGAUAGCCUUUAUCCUUGGGGUCUUAGCAAGACCUUUUAUUGAUGUUCAUUGUAUAAAGACCACAAACAGUAAAAGCUCUACUGCAACCAACUCAUCUGCAGAAGAAAGACAAUAUGAGAAUGAGGCCUACUCCAAUGGUGAGGAACCAGAGGAGAGAGUAACUCACAGGGAAAGGAGAGUCAAAUUUGGCGCUGUGAACUUUAGAGAGGAUAUUAAUGUAGAAUAUUUGAAUACCGUAGCCAGUAGCAAUCAGGAAAGCAUCACUAAUGAUGCAGUGAUUGAAUGUGAAGUAUCCAGGACUGAGGAGGAUGAGCAUACUGCCGGGGAUUCAAGAAGUGAAAACAGCUCAAGACCAGAGGAUAACCAGAGACAUGGAAGAGACCUCUCAGGCAUCGAUGCAAGAUGCACACACACGGUGGAGGUUGAACACAUCUCAGACCCUGCUGAGCGAGAGGACAGAAGAAGCUUGUCUUCAUGCUCAGAUUCCUCACUAUCUGACCGAGAAUUUAAAAAGGAUCAAAUGACCCAGGGAGACCUCACAACACCCAAGUAUCUGCAGCUGGCAGAGGAGUCUGUACAUCAGAGACCUGUUUUUUCAACAUCUAAAAGUCCAGAGGUGCCCCCAAUUUCCCUCGUGGGCAGUGCUGAAAAUCCUGGAUUUUCUUCUGAGACCUCUGCAGAUUGGGCACCACAUACAAAUAAUCCCAUUCCAACAGAGUUUGAUCUGUCUCAGGGGGAUGAGGAACAAUUUGAAUUUAGUGAUUCUGCUCGGAGCACAUCAGCAAGGUCCAGCAUUGCGUUUAGUUCUUUUAAUGAUUCAAAACAGAUUGAGUUACCCCCUUCAGACCGGGAUGAUGUGUCCAGCUGCGGCUCAUAUCUCAGUGAGGAUGAGCCUACACAAUAUAAUGUGAACCAAGACGAGGAGGAGGAAGAAGAUACAGAAAAGAACCACAAUAAAUCUGAGGUCACCAACACUUGUCUUAAGCAUGAUGACACACAAAGGACUGCAGAGAGACCAGAGCAAACCUUUUCCUCACAAUCCACUGACAGUGAUAGUGAGCAAAUGCAGUACACAAUAAAACAAAAAACAAAAAAAGGAAAGGGACAGGAAAAAUCAAUUAAUGAAUAUAACAAACUAAGCAGCAGGAGCGUUACAGCAGAGAGGGAUACCAGAGAGAAAAUUAAACCCAUGCCACGGACAAAGUGCCGUGGUGUCAGUUUGGGUAGAGUAAGUCAAAUAAAGAACAAUUUGGACAUCAUUGCCCCAUUCCCAGCUUCUGGUUCUUCUUCUAGUGAUGAAAUAAAGGAUGAAACAACAAAACAUACAAAGAAGCAAGAACAUGGAGAUAUAUACAUGUCAGUGCUUAUAUCUGAAGAGUAUCAGUCUUUAGGAUAUGAGGAAAGACAUAUUACUCCCAUCAAGAGGCAUCUAGAUAUCAAAGCACCAUCAAUGCCUAAUGAUUCAUCUUCUAGUGAUGAGAGUGCAGAUCGAAUUAUGGACCACAUGCAGAGGCAGAAGCAAGGAGAGAUGCAUAUGACAAGGCUUCAGUUUCAAGAAUCUCAAACAGCAAGUCAUGACUCAGACACAAGAUGGCCUGCCCUAGAUCUUGAACAUAUUCCACACAGCAAGAGCCGUCUAGAUAUCAGAUCAACAUCAAUGGACUCCAAUUCGUCUUCUAGUAGUGACAGUAAGAAUGAAACAACACAUCAUGCAGACAGGCCUGGGACAGCGGACAUUUCUAAAUUUCCAUUGCAAAAAUCUGAAACAAGUCACGAUCCAGAUGCAAAGUGGCCUGCCCUAGAUCUUCAACAUCCACACAUCAAGAGGCGUCUGGAUAUCAAAGCACCAUCACCCCCUACUGACUCGUCUCCUAGUAGAGACAGUGAGGAUGAAACAACACAUCAUAUAGACAGACCUGGGAACGUGGACAUUGAAAAGUUUCCAUUGCAAAAAUCUCAAACAACACAUCAUGAUCCAGAUGCAAAGUGGCCUGCCCUAAAUCUUGAACACAUUCCUCACAUCAAGAGGCAUCUAGAUAUCAAAGCACCGUUAUCCCCUCCUGAUUCAUCUUCUAGUCGUGACAGUGAGGAUGAAACAACACAUCAUACAGGCAGACCUGGGAUGGUGGACAUUGCAAAGUUUCCAUUGCAAAAAUCUCAAACAACACAUCAUGAUCCAGAUGCAAAGUGGCCUGUCCUGAAUCUUGAACACAUUCCUCACAUCAAGAGGCGUCUUGAUAUCAAAGCACCAUCACCCCCUCCUGAUUCAUCUUCUAGUAGUGAUAGUCAGGAUAAAACAACAGGUCCCAAGGAGAAGCACAUUUCGGGGCUUCUAUUAAAAGAAUCUCAAAUCGCAAGUCAUGAUUCAGGCACAAGAUGGCCUGCCCUAGAUCUUGAACAUAUUCCUCACAUCAAGAGGCGUCUGGAUAUCAAAGCACUGUCACCCCCUCCUGACUCGUCUCCUAGUAGUGACAGUGAGGAUGAAACAACACAUCAUACAGACAGACCUGGGACAGUGGACAUUGAAAAGUUUCCAUUGCAAAAAUCUCAAACAACACAUCAUGAUCCAGAUGCAAAGUGGCCUGUCCUGAAUCUUGAACACAUUCCACACAUCAAGAGGCGUCUAGAUAUCAAAGCACCGUCACCCCCUCCUGAUUCAUCUUCUAGUAGUGACAGUGAGGAUGAAACAACACAUCAUACAGACAGACCUGGGAUGGUGGACAUUGCAAAGCUUCCAUUGCAAAAAUCUCAAACAACACAUCAUGAUCCAGAUGCAAAGUGGCCUGCCCUAAAUCUUGAACACAUUCCUCACAUCAAGAGGUGUCUGGAUAUUAAAGCACCAUCACCCCCUCCAGAUUCAGCUUCUUGUAGUGACAGUGAGGAUGAAACAACACAUCAUACAGACAGGCCUGGGAUGGUGGACAUUGCAAAGUUUCCAUUGCAAAAAUCUCAAACAACACAUCAUGAUCCAGAUGCAAAGUGGCCUGCCCUAGAUCUUGAACAUAUUCCUCACAUCAAGAGGCAUCUGGAUAUCAAAGCACUGUCACCCCCUCCUGACUCGUCUCCUAGUAGUGACAGUGAGGAUGAAACAACACAUCAUACAGACAGACCUGGGACAGUGGACAUUGAAAAGUUCCCAUUGCAAAAAUCUCAAACAACACAUCAUGAUCCAGAUGCAAAGUGGCCUGUCCUGAAUCUUGAGCACAUUCCAGACAUCAAGAGGCGUUUAGAUAUCAAAGCACCGUCACCCCCUCCUGAUUCAUCUUCUAGUAGUGACAGUGAGGAUGAAACAACACAUCAUACAGACAGACCUGGGAUGGUGGACAUUGCAAAGUUUCCAUUGCAAAAAUCUCAAACAACACAUCAUGAUCCAGAUGCAAAGUGGCCUGUCCUAAAUCUUGAACAUAUUCCACACAUCAAGAGGCGUCUGGAUAUCAAAGCACCAUCACCCCCUCCUGAUUCAUCUUCUAGUAGUGAUAGUCAGGAUAAAACAACAGGUCACAAGGAGAAGCACAUUUCAGGGCUUCUAUUAAAGGAAUCUCAAACCGCAAGUCAUGAUUCAGGAACAAGAUGGCCUGCCCUAGAUCUUGAACAUAUUCCUCACAUCAAGAGGCGUCUGGAUAUCAAAGCACCAUCACCCCCUCCUGAUUCAUCUUCUAGUAGUGAUAGUCAGGAUAAAACAACAGGUCACAAGGAGAAGCACAUUUCAGGGCUUCUAUUAAAGGAAUCUCAAACCGCAAGUCAUGAUUCAGGAACAAGAUUGCCUGCCCUAGAUCUUGAACAUAUUCCUCACAUCAAGAGGCGUCUGGAUAUCAAAGCACCAUCACCCCCUCCUGACUCGUCUCCCAGUAGUGACAGUGAGGAUGAAACAACACAUCAUACAGACAGGCCUGGGACGGUGGACAUUGAAAAGUUUCCAUUGCAAAAAUCUCAAACAACACAUCAUGAUCCAGAUGCAAAGUGGCCUGUGCUGAAUCUUGAACACAUUCCACACAUCAAGAGGCGUCUAGAUAUCAAAGCACCGUCACCCCCUCCUGAUUCAUCUUCUAGUAGUGACAGUGAGGAUGAAACAACACAUCAUACAGACAGACCUGGGAUGGUGGACAUUGCAAAGUUUCCAUUGCAAAAAUCUCAAACAACACAUCAUGAUCCAGAUGCAAAGUGGCCUGUCCUGAAUCUUGAACAUAUUCCACACAUCAAGAGGCGUCUGGAUAUCAAAGCACCAUCACCCCCUCCUGAUUCAUCUUCUAGUAGUGAUAGUCAGGAUAAAACAACAGGUCACAAGGAGAAGCACAUUUCAGGGCUUCUAUUAAAGGAAUCUCAAACCGCAAGUCAUGAUUCAGGAACAAGAUGGCCUGCCCUAGAUCUUGAACAUAUUCCUCACAUCAAGAGGCGUCUGGAUAUCAAAGCACCAUCACCCCCUCCUGAUUCAUCUUCUAGUAGUGAUAGUCAGGAUAAAACAACAGGUCACAAGGAGAAGCACAUUUCAGGGCUUCUAUUAAAGGAAUCUCAAACCGCAAGUCAUGAUUCAGGAACAAGAUUGCCUGCCCUAGAUCUUGAACAUAUUCCUCACAUCAAGAGGCGUCUGGAUAUCAAAGCACCAUCACCCCCUCCUGACUCGUCUCCUAGUAGUGACAGUGAGGAUGAAACAACACAUCAUACAGACAGGCCUGGGACGGUGGACAUUGAAAAGUUUCCAUUGCAAAAAUCUCAAACAACACAUCAUGAUCCAGAUGCAAAGUGGCCUGUGCUGAAUCUUGAACACAUUCCACACAUCAAGAGGCGUCUAGAUAUCAAAGCACCGUCACCCCCUCCUGAUUCAUCUUCUAGUAGUGACAGUGAGGAUGAAACAACACAUCAUACAGACAGACCUGGGAUAGUGGACAUUGCAAAGUUUCCAUUGCAAAAAUCUCAAACAACACAUCAUGAUCCAGAUGCAAAGUGGCCUGUCCUGAAUCUUGAACACAUUCCACACAUCAAGAGGCGUCUAGAUAUCAAGGCACCAUCACCCCCUCCUGAUUCAUCUUCUAGUAGUGAUAGUCAGGAUAAAACAACAGGUCCCAAGGAGAAGCACAUUUCAGGGCUUCUAUUAAAGGAAUCUCAAACCGCAAGUCAUGAUUCAGGAACAAGAUGGCCUGCCCUAGAUCUUGAACAUAUUCCUCACAUCAAGAGGCGUCUGGAUAUCAAAGCACCAUCACCCCCUCCUGACUCGUCUCCUAGUAGUGACAGUGAGGAUGAAACAACACAUCAUACAGACAGGACGGUGGACAUUGAAAAGUUUCCAUUGCAAAAAUCUCAAACAGAACGUCAUGAUCCAGAUGCAGAGUGGCCUGUCCUAAAUCUUGAACAUAUUCCACACAUCAAGGGGCGUCUAGAUAUCAAAGCACCAUCACCCCCUCCUGAUUCGUCUUCUAGUAGUGACAGAGAAGAUGAGACAACACAUCAAGCAAUCAGGCCUGGGACGGUGAGCAAUGCAAAGCUUCCAUUGCAAAAAUCUCAAACAAACCUUCAUGAUCCAGAUGCAAAGUGGCCUGCCCUAGAUCUCGAAAAUAUUCCUGCCAUCAAGAGGUGUCUAGAUAUCAAAGCACCAUCACUGAACCUGGAUUCCUUUUCUAGUAGUGAAAGUAAAGAUAAAGCAACAGACCACACAAAGAAGCAGAGGCCUGGUGUGGUAAAACUAAAUUCCUGUUACUCAGGAAACAGCUCAGAUGAGCAAGAUGAUAUAAGCAACUCAUCAAUAAAUCCAGAUCCAAGAUGGCCUGAACUAGGUCUCAGCAGUGUCCCUAUGGUCAAAAGGCGCCUGGAUAUUAAGACAUACUCACCUUCAACUGAGUCAUCUUCCAGCAGUAACAAGAGUGACAGCUGGACUACAGACCUAUCUGUGAAAGGUGGUGUAGGGGUCACAACUCAUGAGCAGUGGACUAUGAUGCAUAAGCUGAAUCUGGGUAUCCCAAACAUCAGCAGACGUCUGGAUAUCAAAGCACCUUCAGCACAGCCAGAUCUUGUCCUUGACAGCAUAUCUGAAGACUAUCAACAGUCUGGAUCAAACUCUUCCAAACGUGAGAGUGAAGGUGAGAACAGAGACCUCAAUGUUGAAGUAGGAAUGGGAGUAUCUGCCAUAUCAAAGGCUGUGGAAAAGGAGUUAAUAAGGUCUCCAAAAACCCCAGUGAUAAACAUUUCUCCCUAUCCCAAGACAGACCACAAUAUCAAAUUAGAAAAGUAUACAGUUAUUUCAGAUGACCGGGGGGGAAAACAAACAAAUUACAACAUCAGCACAACACCAGAGAUAAAUCCAGAACUUCAGUCACGGUGGGCCACCAUGAAUCUUGGUAUCUCACGCUUCAGAAAGCAUCUUGAAAUCACAUCGAAUACACAUGUACCCCCAAAUUUGCUCACAUCACCUUCACCUGACUCCCCCUCCUCUUGGAGUGGUGAAAGUUGGACUGGUAAUAAAUGCAGCAGGACAAGACUAACAAGAAGGGGAGAUGGGAUGCAAGAAAUACACACAGAUUCAUCUCUGACCCUUGAAAAUAAACCAGUGAAUCUUCCUCCCACACUGAAAAGUCGAGACCAGGAAGACUAUAGCCCCCCCAAAAUAACUGGUUUUGGUACCCCAUAUGUCAGGAAGUAUCUGGAUAUCAGGGUCAGUGAAAAGGCUCCUGCUUCGCCACCAUUACAUCAACUGCCUGAAUCUUCCUCCAGCAGUGAGAGUGAAGGUGUAUCCACAGAAUCUGCAGGUAACAGAUGGAGAGAAACAUCUCAGCAGAGUGUUGUCCAAGACGGAGCAGCACCACAGAAUGACACAUCUUGGUUUGUAGCCCGUGCCGUUGAUGUCAGACUGGAUGAGUCCGACAGUGAAACUGAGGAGGUGGAGAGGAAGGCUGGGGUAGAGCUCAACAGCACAACAUCAGAGGAGGAACAAAGGUCUGACUCAAUGCGACCUCAUCGGACUCUCACAAAUAUCCCAUAUGUCAAGAGGGCUUUGGAUAUCAGAGCUCCAUUACAAAGAGAAUUCUCCUCCAAGAGCAACAGGGAAGAUGAGACGACAGACUACAGAGUUCCUAACCUGAAUUUUGGUGUUCCACGCAUUAAAAGACGUCUGGAUAUCAAGGCACCAUCACCAGAGCCAAAUUAUUCCUCAACCUCCUGCAGCGAGAGUGGAAAUGAAGUGAUAGGAUACACAGGAUAUCAAAGCAGAGAAGCAUCAAAUAUGUCAGGAAUGACAGAUUAUGACUUUCAAAUCACUUAUAAACGUUCAAUUCUAAAAGGUCCAUUGACACUUGGUAAUUCUCUCUCCCCCAGUCCAACAACAGACCGUGCUGAAAUGUUUACUGCUGCACAAGGGUUAUCCCAUAGUGUGGGUGACAGAAAUGCAUCUCCUUCCCCAUGGACAGUUCCCAGUGAUGACAUAGUAAAGAAAAGGAUUGAGCCACAGCACACUAUAGAUGAGGAAGUGCCACCCGAAAUAAGGUGGACUGGCAUCGGACGUCAUCUGUCAGACUUUCCCAUGUCCGGUCCGAGGAGACUGGAGACUGUUGUGCAGGCUUCCCCUGCAGAAGCAGAACCAAGCCCCGCUGUCUCCUCAAGAAUGAAAAGUGACGAUAAAUUAAAACAAGACAGAGGGAGAGCAGAUGUGGCACUAAUGCAUGCAUAUUCAUAUCCUAUUGCCAGUAGGGUUUCUCCUGCAUCAAGCAGAGCUUUUGACAAGUUUGACAACACAAGUGGCAGCACAAAUGAGAUUUUUAGGUCUCUGUCUGCGGACAGGUUUGGAAAGAAAGGCCUCGGUGCUUUAAAAACCAUGUCAUCAAAGACACUUCAGUGGGACACAGAAGAUAAAGAUAUAGAUGCUGUUUAGAGCAUCUCCUCCUACAGUACUUGACCAUGGUCCACAAGGUGACACCAGUUUUAAUUGUCAUAGGUCACAACCCUGGACAAACAGCCACUAACAUAACCAUCAACAGCUGCAGAUUUGCUGUAUGUUAUCCCCUGCCACACAAGGCAUUACUAGAGAUACUGAAGCACCACAGAAGGCUCCACCUAUUCCCUCACCACCGCCACCGAAUGAUGCAGUUGGGCUCACACUAAGAGCAGAACCAAAUCCGUUCUGCAACAUUGCAGAGGAAUCGGACACUUCCUUCACAUCACAAACCCUGGCACUAUACUUUGACUCCUCAGAUCACUGCACUCUCAACACUGCUAAAAUGAGCAAACAAUCAGCAUUGUUGUUUUGUCUUAAAGUAGAUUAUGAUUUUAGUAAAAUGAAAUGUAAAUAGUAAAAAAUGUGAGGCACUGUUGUUGAGCACAGUAGAUGGAGGCACGAUAAUCUUUUUGCUACGCCUUAUUUCUGUAAAUACCUGUUUUUUAAACCAUUAAUCAUGGUGUCUGCCUGUAAUCCAUUUUGCAAUGAGAAUCCAUAUAGUCGUAAUGGUCCUGUAUUAUUAAUAAACUUUUAAAAGACCCUAA